AUCCCCUGUCACCAAUCACUAUACUUUUCUUGUCAACACGAACAGAAUGUCCCUUUCACCAUCCAUUUCCGUCUUCUACUUAUUCACACUUGGUUUCCGGUUAAACAUCAAUACACUCCCUCUUUCAUCCCCAAAAAUCUUCUUUCUUACCUUCUUCAACAAAAUGAACAUUUCUUUCGAUAAAUAUCGUCUUCUUCAAUUCUUAAAAGAAUUGCAAAUGUAUAGAUGGAGUUCUAUUUUUUCGAUUACAAAAUUUGUAUGGUCAUAAGGGUUAAUGGAUGGAAUCCAAUGGACAGAAUCUUUCAGAAAAUUGUUAGUUUGAUAACAUUUGCAAUAAAUUCAAAGAACGUAUAUAUAAUGGUUGAUUGAAAGAUAUAUGGUAUUAGGUAGGAAGAAGAGAUCUUAUUAAGCAAAUCUCAAUUUUUAAAAAUAAAAUAUUUGAGAUUUAGUGAACCAAAUGAGCUCUUUUCAUUUCCAUUUUUAAUUUCACACUCAAUUUGUAUCAUAUAAUUAUUAAUUUAUUUAUAACAUUUGAAAGAAAAUAACAUUUGAGGAGGUUCAAGAUUUUACCUCCCAAUACCAACUCCCUACCAUACCAUGUUAAAUCACUCAAUUACUAUUGUUAUAAACAUAAAUCUAUUAUUAAAAAUCCUAACCUUACUUUUCAACUAUUUUUCUCUCUCCAUUAUGUUUCAAUCAUAGGCAGAUAAGCCAAAACAAGAAAAAGAAAAAGGGAUUUGGUCCACAGACCACUACCAUAAAAGUAAAAGAUAAAAACAAAAUUCUUUUGUUAUUUCAUAUCUUCACCAUUAAAAUGUGUCCACUGCAUUCCAUAUCUCAGAAGUUUUAAUUUGUUGUCAUUUUUGGGGAAUAAGAUGGGGGAGGAAGUGAAAUUAUUGGAUUUUUGGGGAAGCAUGUUUGGGAUGAGAAUUAGAAUAGCUAUGGCAGAGAAGGGUGUGAGUUAUGUAUAUGUUGAAGAAGAUCUGAGGAAUAAGAGCGAUUUGCUUCUUCAAAUGAACCCAAUUCACAAGAAAAUCCCUGUUUUUAUUCAUAAUGGAAAACCCAUUUGUGAAUCUUCCAUUAUCCUUCAGUAUAUUGAUGAAGUUUGGAAGGAUAAAGCUCCUAAUCUGUUGCCCUUGCAUCCUUACGACAGAGCUCAAGCCAAAUUCUGGGUGGAUUUCAUCGACAAGAAGCUAUAUGAUGGUGCAAAGAAGAUAUGGGCAGGGAAAGGAGAGGAACGUGAGGAAGGGAAGAAGGAGGUGAUAGAAGUACUGAAGCAAUUGGAACAAGUUCUUGGGGAUAAGACUUACUUUGGAGGUAAGAGUUUGGGAUUUGUAGACAUUGGUUUGAUUGGAUACUACACUUGGUUUUAUACCUACGAGACCAUUGGCAACUUCAGCAUUGAAUCUGAGUGUCCAAAGAUAAUGAGUUGGGUAAAGAGAUGCUUGCAAAAUGAGAGUGUGGCUAAGUCCUUGCCUGACCCCAACAAUGUCUAUCAAUUUGUGGUUGAAUGGAAGAAAAGUUUUGGGCUUGACUAAGCCCAAAUUUUAUGCUUGUAUUUCUUAUUUUCUGUUUAGAGAUUUGCUGAAUAAGAAGUUCAUUUGCUAUUUUUCUCUUAAAAAAAAAAAAAAAAAAGAUAUUGCGAGAUAAGCUCCUCAGAAUUCACAUGAUAUUUCUAUUUAAUAAUGGUCGAAGAUUUGAUCCUGAAUGAUAGUUGUGGUACUAAAAAAGGAAAAACAAUUGAAUUUCCUUUUGAAGAUUAUAUCAAUAUAGUGUGUGAAUCAUUGAAUAAAAUUGGCCAGAUGUGGCUUUGAUAUUCCA